AUGUCGAUAAAAAAAGGAAGUGUGAUGGAGAGGUUUAUUGGCAUUGUUCAUGUUCGAACUACUAGUGCUUUAUUUCUAAAGAAAGCAAUAGUUGAUGUACUUGUUCAUCAUUCUUUAAGUUUAUCUUCUAUACGUGGACAAUGUUAUGAUGGGGCAAGCAAUAUGCAAGGUGAUAUUAAAGGUCUUAAAAAGUUGAUUAAACAAGAAAGUAGAUCGGCUCAUUCUAUUCAUUGUUUUGCAUAUCAAUUUCAACUGACUCUUGUUAUGAUUUCUAAGAAGUGUGUUCAAGUAGGUGAACUUAUAUUAUUGGUUUCAAAUAUUUUGAAUAUGUUGGGAGCUUCUUAUAAACGUGUGGAUGAAUUUCGAGAUUCUCAAAACGAAAAACUCCAAGAGGCAUUAGAUAUGGGUGAACUAAAAACAGGUAGAUGCUUGAAUCAAGAACUUGGUCUUGUUAGAGCUGGUGAUACUCGUUGGGGAUCUCACUUCAAGUCAUUUGGAAACUUUAUUCAUAUGUUUGGCUCUAUUAUUGAUGUUCUUGAUGCUCUUGUUGAAGAUGCAAGUACUUUAGAUGAUAAAGCUAAGGCAUUGGGGUAUCUCAAAGCUUGUCAAACAUAUAAGGUUGCUUUCUGGUUGCAUUUAAUGACAGAUAUUUUGGGAAUCACAAAUGAGUUGAAUGUAUCCUUACAAAAAAAAGAGCAAGAUAUUGCAAAUGUCAUGCUACUAGUUCAAGUAGCAAAGAAAAUAAUGCAAACUUUAAGGAGGGAUAAUGAAUUUUUUCAUUGGAAACUUCAAGAACUUAAUGAUCGUUUUGACGAAGCGACGACUGAUUUGCUUCAUGGAGUUGCUUGUUUGAAUCCCAUUGACUCAUUUCAAGUUUUGAUCAGAAAAAUAAUGAAGAUGGAUGAAUUGUAUCCUGAUGACUUUGAUGAAUUUAGGAUGAGUGCUCUUGAGAAUCAAUUUGCGAGUUAUAUUAUUUUUGUUCAUGAUUUUGAUGAAAUGUUUUCCUAUCUAAAUGGGCUUUCUGAUCUUUCAAAAAUAUUAGUUAAGACAAAAAAGCAUUCAGUUUAUCCUCUUGUAUUUCUCUUAGUGAAACUUGCGUUGCUUCUGCCUGUUGCCACUGCAACUAUUGAGAGAGCUUUCUCAGCAAUGAAGUUUAUCAAAAAUGACUUGCGGAAUCGAAUGGAUGAUGACUUUUUAGGCGGUUGCAUAGUGCCUUAUGUAGAAAGAAAGAGAACUUCACCACUGCCUGCAGAGUAUGCAUUUGUGAGGCUUUCAUUGCAAUUGCAAAGGGAAGCUGGGCCAUACAGUUUUUGCAAUUGCGAAGAUUUCUUCGCAUUUGCGAAGUAA